AUGAAAAAUCCCCCAUCAGCCAGAAGCAGUAGAAAAUACUGCCACUUUCAUAAGGAUAAUGGGCAUCACACUGAUGAGUGUCGAGCUCUCAAACAGGUAAUUGAAAACCUCAUCAAGCAGGGGCAUUUUAAGGAGUAUGUUGAUAACUUUGCUCCCGUACAAGGGAAAGAUCAAGGAGAACCAAGCAAGAAGCUUCGUGAUGACAAGGGCGUUUAUAGCGUCGGAGUCAUAUUUGGAAGACCGCACCUCGUAGGGAAUUCGCAAGGUUCCCAGGAGAGAUAUGCUCGCGUAGUCCUUCAUGACCCGAUCCGUAUGAUGAGUACGAUGCAGCGACCACCUAAGGUUCGCAAAGAGGAGGAAAUUUCCUUCUCCGAGAAAGAUGCAGCGCGGCUGUACCACCCUUAUGACGAUGCUCUCAUCAUCACGCCUCUAAUCGGGCGCUGUAACCUCCACAGAGUGUUAAUGGACAACAGAAGCGUUAUGCACAUUCUGUUCCAGUAA